UUUUUUCUUGCAUUCGAAUCUAUUCUCUCAAUUUACCACAUCCAAAUUCCCUUGUCACCAAACUACAAUAACAGAGUAAAAUGCGUGGAGGCGGCUACUAUUCGAGAGGCGGAGGGAACACUGGGCAGCGCGGAGGAAGCAACACAGCCAGCGCCGGCACCAGCGGCAGCGGCAAUACUGGUAACACCGGUGGCAAUAACAACGGCUACGGAGGAAACACCAGCCACAGAGGCAACCACCAGGGGAAUGACGACCGCGACAACAAGGAAAAGAAGAAGCGUGACGCGAUAUUCGAUCUCAAAAAAUACACUGACAAGCGCAUCUGCGUCAAAUUCAUGGGCGGACGCGAAGUGACUGGCGUGCUCAAGGGAUCAGACCAGCUCCUGAAUAUUGUGUUGGACGAAGCCGAAGAGACUUUGCGCGAUACCGAAAACCCAGACUCUUCAGAAGAGCGGAAGCGGCAUAUUGGUCUUGUUGUGCUGCGUGGACCGAGCAUCAUCUUGGUAUCGCCGACAGACGGCUCGGAGGAAAUUGAAAACCCGUUUGUUCAGGCAGAAUGAGCAGCAGGUUCUUGUUUGUAGACGAACCACAAACCAUUUGUUUUUAGCAUGUGCAAAUAUACACCAUUUACUGGAAUUGACUGCAUUUUUGUAACUUUAGCAUUUGUCUCUCAAAAACGUGCUUAAUGGCAAAUAUUACUUGUGAUUUUUGCUGUGUCAAAAAA